AUGUCGCGAUUGUCUGCAGGAUUUGCUGACUUCUUCCCAACUGCUCCGUCCGUCCUGCAGUCACGAAGAUCCAAAAUCUCCGAGGAUCGUGGACGAAGCAGAUCAAGGUCGGAGACCAGCAACGGAUUUACAAAUUUAGUCGCUGCUCCUUCUAAAAAUAUUCUAUUGACUCAUGAGAAAGACGAAGAUGGAGGUGGUGCGCCACAUUUGCGAAACGAUGUACCUGCCAAGAAUAUCAAUCAUGCUACCAACUUAACCUAUGCGAAUUCUGAGCCUACCCUUGGGGAAGACUUGCCUACAAUGAAUGGUUCGCUUCAGCAGAUAGUCGUUGCUCCGUUGCCAUCACAAUUUUUAUCCCACAAUACUGACGGUCUUAGUGAUGACCAGCCGCCUGUAAGCCGUUCUGUCAUUGAUGUCAAGCAUACUGAGCUUGAAAAGGAUAGCCACUCUAGUAUCCCAAAGACACCGUCAUAUGGGUUACGCGCUUCUCUCAUAGACGAGUUAAAAGGUCGCAAGGUGACUUACGAUCCAGAACUGGAUAAAAAGCCUGGCACGAAGGAUAAGAAGAAGAAGCUCGAGUACACAGAUUUCGUCCAAACCCACGAAUCCCCAGCUUCGACAGAUCCACGCCUUUCCAUCGAUGACUAUACGCGUGGUUCCGCUAAUGCGCCGAAAGUGCGACUGAGAUCCACGCCAUAUUCGAUACGUCAUUGGCCUUUCGACCCUGCAACAUCUAUCGGUCGAGCUGCACCUUCCCAGCUAGUAGUCACUGGAUUUGACCCUCUCACACCGAUUGGCCCCAUAACCGCAUUAUUCUCAAGCUUUGGGGAGGUUGCUCAUAUUGAUAAUCGCACUGAUCCGGUCACUGGAAGACCCCUCGGCAUUUGUCUCGUCAAAUUCAAAGAUGCAAUUUCUUUCCAAAAUCACGGGCCAUUAUCGGCUUCGGCUGCAGCGAGACGUGCCUACUACGAGUGCAAAAAGGAACAGCGCAUUGGUACACGACGCAUUCGAGCGGAACUUGACCGCGACGGACUCUUAUCUCAGCGACUGGUGGAAAAAGCUAUCGAGUCCUGGCGCAAAAGUAACCCACCAUCGCUUGAAUCGGGACAUCGUAAUACCCCUCCAAAGAACAACGAGGCUCCGCCCACUGCCCCGAAGGGGCCUUCUGGGCGCUCAUCAACACGCCCAGUUUUUAACCCACCAGAAGGUCCCAGGGCUGCUCUGAAACCCGCAACGUCACCAUCAGUCGAGGAGACGCCUAUUUUGCAACAAAUCAAACGAGACCCUUAUAUUUUCAUCGCUCACUGUUAUGUCCCUGUUCUAGGGUCCACGUUGCCUCAUCUACAGAAACGAUUGAGAAUAUUCGAUUGGAAAGCCGUUCGCUGCGAUAAGACUGGAUAUUAUAUCAUCUUUGAGAAUUCCCGACGAGGUGAAGAAGAGACCAUGAGGUGCUACAAAAUGUGUCAUAUGACACCUCUAUUCACUUACAUCAUGAACAUGGAGAGUCAGCCUUAUGGGAACCCAAACUAUGAGCGUAGCCCGAGUCCUGAAAGACUACAAGCAGAGCAGAAAGCCAGGGUCGAAGAGCAGAGGGUAGUCAAAGAACUUGAAAUGGAGGCUGAGGAAGAGAAACAGCAACGUGCUAGUAGUUUGGAUCCAUCAAAGGAGGUUCUCGGCAUUGUUAUCCAUGAAUUGAAGACAAAACUAUUGGAGGAUGUCAAAUUUCGCAUAGCCGCCCCUUUCCUAUAUGAAUAUCUGGACCCAGACAGACAUUCAGAAAGAAGAAAGGCUCUGGGCAUUCGGGAUCCCGAAACAAGUAAAACAAAUCCAUUUCAAUUUGGGCUACCAAAUGAAUCAUUGCGCUCUCGUCCCCUGGAUCUUCUUACGCUUCCCCGCAUUCGCAAAUCUUAUCGCGGCCAAGUCGAUGGUACAAAUUAUUUAGAUGAAAGACGUGGGCAUAUACGACGACGAAGAGAUGUACGGCCGCUCCAUCAUCGUCUUCGACAUCUUCAUGAAGCAGGAGACUCAGAUGAUGAUGCGCGGACGCCAAUGUCAAGGGAGACAGACGAACUUGAAAGCAGGUCGCCUAGCCAGAUGAGCUUCGGCACGUCUGUCUCUGAUACUGAGGAUGAAGCUUACAAUAGUGACAUCUCUCGAAGUCCAUCUUUAGAUCUUGAGACUAGUGGCUAUGUAAGCACGGCAGGCGUUGAGAUUGAGCAGCAAGAUGAUCAAUCAUUUGACAUCACUUUGUCUAAAAAGAGGAAGAGAGUUAUCGACGAUAGCCUUGACUCUCGAAAACGACAAAAGGAUGACUACAAGAUCUCUGGUAUUGAGCCAGCCAUUCUUGAAGUCGAUUCUCAUCCUGAUUCAUUCGGCGGUGUCAGUAUUGAUGAUGAGAGAAUGUUACACUCUCCAGAAAUCAGUCUUGAAACCGACAUAUACUCUAAACCUGAAGUUAACUUAAUUGUUUCGUAUGAUGAACCACGGCCAAGCGUCUUAGAUGAUGGUGCACUAGUGUUGGAUCUGGACGGCUGGCAGACCAUCAUCAAGGAUGAUGAGGAUUUCGAUUUUCUCAGAGACAUCAUGUCCGACACGUUACCAUCAAAUGUGGGUGAUGUAACUAUAUGGGCAUGGAAACAGCGAGAAGCAAAGCUUUUGAACCGGUUCGGAGAGACGGGCCCAGUUUUCACACCGACCACUAUCCCUGGAUACUUUGUGCCGAAUUCCACCGGUUCAGCUCGAACGGAAGGCAAGAAGAGAAUAUUUGAAGCAGAAAAGUCCAAGUACCUACCUCACCGAAUCAAAGUACAGAAGGCCCGAGAGGAGAGAGAGGCGCUGGCGCAAAGCGAUCCUCAGUCCGUGCCCGUCGACUCUGGGAAGGCUGGCCCGACAAAGCCAGUAAACAAUUCUACGUCUAGAUCCACAAGAGUUCAAAACCGACGACUUGCAGCAGAUAUCAAUGCGCAGAAACAAGUCCUUCCACCUCAGGGCGGUGAUGGCGAUGCAUUACGCUUCAAUCAACUCAAAAAGCGUAAGAAGCCUGUGAGAUUUGCGCGCUCGGCUAUUCAUAAUUGGGGAUUGUAUGCCGAGGAAAAUAUUGCAGCUAACGAUAUGAUUAUCGAAUACGUCGGCGAGAAAGUCCGACAACAAGUGGCCGAUAUGAGAGAGAGAAGAUAUUUGAAGAGCGGAAUAGGAAGCAGUUAUCUUUUCCGUAUUGAUGAAAAUGCAGUCAUUGAUGCCACAAAACGUGGUGGCAUUGCCAGAUUCAUCAACCAUAGCUGCACUCCCAAUUGCACGGCAAAGAUCAUUCGGGUGGAUGGUAGUAAGCGGAUUGUGAUUUAUGCGCUUCGGGACAUCAGCAAAGAUGAAGAACUCACAUACGACUAUAAGUUCGAAAGAGAGUGGGAUAGCGAGGAUAGAAUACCCUGCUUAUGUGGAUCAGCAGGUUGUAAAGGGUUCCUCAACUAAGACGCGUUGCAGCUAUACAUUUCAGGGUACCGUUCAUUCUCUGGAGGGGAAAACAAAAACAGUAAUGGUCAUUACAUUCCUGGGAUGCAUUGGAUAGGCGUACUUCGUGGAGUGCAUGGCUGGCGACUUAAUUCAAAGAUUCGGUUGAAUGUCUCCGACUCUCAUGUUUCUAAGAGUGGAGUUUCGGAGUUUGCUAGUACGUGGGUGCAUAGG